GGGCCCACCGCCCCUCGGACGGGACUAGCAGCGCGUGGGGGCCGAGAUGUUCCCCACCGAGGGUGCGCCGAGGGUGGCCGAGCAGCCGCCGAGGCGCGUGAGGGCCAAGAACGACGGCCAGGCCAAGACGGACCUCGGAUUCAAGGGCGGACAGAUGACGUUGCAGGUGUUGAUGCUGAAGUUCCUCCUCCAGCUGGGCCAGUCCAAGCGCAACAUCGAGGGGGUGGUUUUCGACUGCCUGAUUCUCGACGGCACCAGCCAGGAGGCGAACGCCAUGAGCGCCCAGGGUGUACGCUACAACGAGGCCGUCACCGCUUCAGGCAAAGGCCACAAUCACGGGCCUCCACACCUGUGGAUCUUCGGCGGCCUCCUCACGGCACUCCUGCAGCGCAAGGACGCGGUCGGAGCCGCCAACGCCAAGAAGCUCGUGGAGAUAAAGCAGAGCAUCGAGCAAUGGGACGAGGCGAAGCGCGGGGACAUGAUCAAAUUCUGCAAGAUGGAUCGUUGCUACGACGUCAACAAACGCAAGCUCAUGCUACACCUGCACCCAGAGAUCCGACAAUGCAUCAUCGACGCGAUGAUCCAGACUGGCGCAGAGUGGAAGCAGGGUCGAGCUCCCGUCAGCCACAUGGAGCGCGAGCUGCAGGACUGGCUGGAAGCUUUCACGAAAGAGUGAGCCGACUACUCCAUGCCGCAACACGUCC